GAGUCAGCUCAGAGAGUCAGGAGGCCAGAGUCAGCUCUGCAGCCGUUUCAAAGAUCCCUAAAGUCACGAAGACAUGGGAUCAGGCUUGUCAGCUGCGACCAGCAAACUUAUCUCUCUGACGGAAGCAGGUGAUGUCGAGGGGCUGCGGAAGGAGCUCGAAUCUCUCCCUAAUGACUCAUUGCAGCCUCUUUUAGAUGCGAAGCCUCUACACGGUCCCGCCCGGCUCGGUCACGAGGCGGUCGUCAGGUUUCUCCUGGAGAAAGGGGCCAAAGUCAAUGCUGCAAACGGGGAUGGUGAACGUCCCCUGCACUGUGCUGUUAGAGGCAGUCAUGAAGCAAUCGUCGAGUUGUUUUUAACGAAGGAUGUCAUCAAGGUUAAUGGUACGGAUAAAGAAGGUCGGACUCCAUUACACCUGGCCGCUGAAGCAGGUCACAACAGGAUAAUACAGAUGCUCCUCGCGAAUGGUGCCAAUGUUAACGCAAAAAGAAAUGAUGGAUGGAGUGUACUCCACGAAGCCUCUUUCAAUGGACACUGGACGACUGUGGAAGAACUCAGGGACCGGGGAGCUCAGGUGGACGGGCUCGACAAAAACAACGACACGCCCCUCCACCUCGCAGCUUCGCAAGGCCACCCCCUCGCUCUCAUCACACUUCUGACGUUAGGCGCCUCGAAUUGGCCGAGGAAUAAGGCAGGAAAGACAGCCGCUGAGCUAGCAACGACGAUACGCCCCCCCUUUGGCCAACAUGACAGGCUAUUAUCCCUGUGUAUCUCCAUUACAGAGGCAACACAGAAAUGGCUUGCGGCGGAAAAGGAAAACAUCAAACUGCGAAAAGAAAACGAGAAUAUGCAGGAAAAACUCGAGCAGCGAACGGAAGAAAUAGCUGGGAGAGACGAAGUUAUAAGUACUCUGCAGAAGGAGAAGGACGACCUGAUGGUAAUUGUUAGGAUCCAGGAAGCGAAGGACAAAUCGCUACAGGAAAAACUCGAGCAGCGAACGGCAGAACUAGCUGGGAGAGACGACUUUAUAAGCGGUCUGCAGAAGACAGAGAGGGAUCUGAUGGAAUUAAUGAGGAUCAAGGAAGCGAAGGACAAAUCGCUACAGGAAAAACUUGAGCAGCGAAUGGAAGAAAUAGCUGGGAGAGACGAAGUUAUAAGUACUCUGCAGAAGGAGAAGGACGACCUGAUGGAAAUUGUUAGGAUCCAGGAAGCGAAGGACAAAUCGCUACAGGAGGAACAUCAGCAAGCAGUCCAGGAGAUCAUUGGAGAAUGUGACAGAUUGAAAACCGAGGCGACUAAUUCACAGGAGAAGAAUCUAGAGCUCGAGGCAAUCCUGAGAAAGAAAGAGAAGGAGAUCAGAUCAUUGCACACGCAGUACAAAACCAAGGUAGAAGAAUUGAAGAAUAAAGACGAGGAACUUAAUGAACUACACGAACAGAUAAGGAGUGACCAGACCGAAAUGCUAGAUCAGCAAGUGAAACAUGUGGUUGUAGAAACAGAAUACGAAGAUCUACAGGAGCGUGUCAGGUCUUUGGAGGUAAGGAGGUCAUUUCUGAUUCAGGGUCAUCUAAAGGAAGAAAAGAGAAAGAACCAAAAACUGAAGAUGGAUUUAAAAGAGAGGGAAGAUCAUCUCACGCAAACCGAGGAACAGCACAUGCACAGGGUAAGAAGUCGUCGAAAAGUGCAGCGAAAGAAGGAGGAAGAAGCAAUUAAAGAGAAAAAAGGAAUGGAAAUAGAUCAGGCAGAGAAGAUGGAGUUACUGCAGGCCAAGUUAGAUGAGCGAGAACAGGAACUUAAGGAACUAACUUCACAACUGGAAGACUUAAAGACGAAGGUCUCCUUAGAGCCGGAGAUAUCAAGCCCUUGCGUUCCCGUGACCUUGAAGCCGUAUUCACCCCCCAGUCUUCCAGAGACGAAGAGCAAGGCUAACAAAAACUCAGACAUGAGUGGUAAGUCUCUACAAGCCUCAGGCGACGAUAACUCGGCAAGUAGGCAGGACAAAUCUCUGCAAGAAGCGAAAAUUCCAGAAGCAAAUGACGGGAUCAGGUAUCUACAACAAGCAGGUAGCUACGAAUAUCCGCAUCAAACAGGUGACCACGACAUAUAUUCGCAAACAGAAUUUACUGACAGGUAUCCACAAACAGCAUUUACUGACAAGUAUCCACAAACAGCAUUUACUGCCACGUAUACAAAAACAGCAUUUACUGACAAGUAUCCACAAACAGCAUUUACUGACAAGUAUCCACAAACAGCAUUUACUGACAAGUAUCCACAAACAGCAUUUACUGACAAGUAUCCACAAACAGCAUUUACUGACAAGUAUCCACAAACAGCAUUUACUGACAAGUAUCCACAAACAGCAUUUACUGACAAGUAUCCACAAACAGCAUUUACUGACAAGUAUCCACACACAGCAUUUACUGACAAGUAUCCACACACAGCAUUUACUGACAAGUAUCCACAAACAGCAUUUACUGACAAGUAUCCACAAACAGCAUUUGCGGACAAGUAUCCACAAACAGCAGAAAACAACGAAAAAAUACAUAUAGCAGGCAGUGACAAAUAUCCACCAACAAGAGACCUUAAUAACUACCCACGAGCAGAAUACAACGGCAAUUAUCUGCAAACGCCAGGCAGCAACCAAUAUCCAAGAGGAGCAGGCAGGGGAAGGGGACGGAGAAAAUCAGGCAGGAGGGGCAGGCUUAAUCAAGCAGCAGGCAUAAAUGAGUCUUCGCAAGAAGUAGGCAGAGGCAGACAUCCACAAACAGCAAGAAGAAACAGGGGUCGGAGAGCACCAGGCAAUGGUGACAAGUAUCAUCAAGCAACACAGAAUGAGUCGUCAACCGUUGCCAGUGGACGUGUUCAGUGCCCUGCAAAUGCGAAUUCAAAGGCGAGUGACCAGUGAGUGAAUGAGCUAGUCAGAUAUAUAAAGAUAUAGAGAGAGGAAGUAAGGUCGUAUUUUCAAAUUAUUGUAGAAAUAUCAUAUGGGUCAUCAAUGGUACUGACUUUUAUGUUACCGAUAUUCUUUACUUAUUAUAUAUAUUUUUUUUUUGUUCUAUUAUUAUAACAAUUAUAAAAAUGACCCUCUC